AUGGUUUAUGAGGCUAAACAAACUGUUAAUACAACGCAUGAUAUUGUUGCUAGUGGUGUAUCCAAAUUAUCGGAUUAUGCAAUCACUUCAUUACCAAAUUUACAAAAUCUUAAGCGAACUGUUCAACGAAUUCGUCAAAAGCAUCAAAAUCCAUUACCAUUACCAACAAAUCGGGAUUCAAUUAUUAUUGAUGCAAUAUUUACUAAAACGAAUCGUGAUCAAACAUUUUUGCAAUUCGAUUCUGGUCCAACGGAUCAACGAAUAUUAAUCUUCUCAACCAAAAAACAACUCAAAAUGUUAAAAAAUGGAAGUCAUAUUUAUCUGGAUGGAACAUUUGAUGUGGUUCCCGAGCUGUAUUUCCAACUGUAUACAAUCCAUGUUACAUAUUUGAAUCAUAUUUUACCAGCAGUUUAUGUAUUAUUACCUGGAAAAAAACAAUGUUUAUACAAAACAAUGUUCAAAGAACUGAAGAAUUUAGUGCCAGAUUUUGAUCCGUUAAAUGUUAUGAUUGAUUUUGAACGUGCCACUAUAAAUGUAAUUAAAAGUCUAUUUCCAACAACAGUUUUAAAUGGGUGUUUUUUUCACUUAUGUCAAAAUAUCUAUCGUGCUGUUACACGAUUUGGUUUAAAAACAUUAUAUGGUGAAAAUGAAAAUUUUGCACAAC